AUGGCGCGACCCGAUGCAGAAGUUGCGGUUGGCCUCGCGCGCCACGUGCCGGCUCCGGCAUCGCUGGCAUGCAGUGGCGCUGGUGUGUGGCAUGGGUGGUGCUCUUGGCGCUCGAGGCUGGGCCAGGUGGAAAUAUCAAGUCGGGGCAGUGUCAGCAAGAUGCAGUUGCCGGACUGCUGCGCGCGGAAGCCGUGCCCACCCAGCAUUGCAGACCGUCCAAAGACCUGCCAACCGGAGAGUAAAGCUCACCUGGACGCGAUCAACGCGCUCUUCUACCAAGCAAGCUCCGUGUAUUUCUUGACCGCGAACUGCUAUGAAACGGCUGAAGAAGAACCCAAAGAGUUGCUCCCCAUACUCAACUUCUUGACGGACAUGGGGGACCUGCUCUGUUACACCAGGCACAUGGACUGUCAGUACGGGAGCACUCCGGAGCAUCUCGAUCUGUUGAGAUACCUCAUAGUUGAGCUGGAGGUGCAGUGCCUGCAAAUGGAGUUCUGCCAGGAUGUCUUAAAGGAGGGCCACUUCCACGAGGACAUGGCUUUCGGGCAGGGCAGGCUCUUCGGAGAGGCCUUGGACAGGAUGGCGGCAACCGCUGCGAAGCUCCUGUGGAAGAACCAGCGCAGGGCCACGGCGCCCUCUUUGGCCACGGUGCUGUACCAUGCCUCGACAUGGACCUUGGGGGCUGGAUCUGUGACCGACUUUGAUCCUUGCGGUCCAGGAUUACGUCCCCGUCGCGUGCAUCUGCUGAAUGGUGAAAUUGCAGACCACUCAUCCAGCCAUGCAAUCUUCCUCUCAACUUCACGGGUUUUGGAGGUCUUCAAUUCUCCUGGCCGGGACUUCGGCCGCGCACCCAUGGUUGUAAACUUGGGAGCUGGCAGCCACGAUCCGGCGAACUGCCUCCUCGAGUUCUCAGGUGACUUCCGAGCCAUCCUCUUCGAGAUCAACCCCGAGAGGGUGGAGGAGCUCCGGCGUCGUUUUGGUCGCCGACCGGAGGUGACGUUGUUCACGGAGCUUGUGGAUCCGGCUAGCUUUGCCGAAGUGCUGCUUCAAUUUGUGCCGGACCCACCAUCACAGCGCUUUCCUGCCCUUCUGAAGAUUGACGUGGACAACGGCGACUGUGACUACCUAGCGGUGUGGCUCAAAGCAGGGUACUUGCCACUGGUCAUCAAUAUGGAGGUCGUGCAUUCCUACCUGCCGCCAGAAAUCGCGCUGUCCAUUCCAUUCGACCCAGCUAAAUCGAACGGAAAUAUCAGCCAGCAGUACAGUUAUGCAGAGGACAUGAUGUUGGUCGGGUGCUCACUGGGUGCCAUGCUGGAGAUUCUCAGGAGCCAAUACUCUCUCCUUUCUUGGAGCCAUUUCAAGGCCAUCAAUGUGGAGUUUAUACUGACGUCCUGGUCCCAAGAGCAGCGCAUUGAAGUGGUGCCUACGGAAGAGAUCCCGGCAUUUUGGCGAAGGGUUGUGUCCUAUCGGGAGGUUUUUCAUGCCGACAACUACCAUGGCUUGGAGUUGGAUCCGCGCCUGAUGGUAAGCGAUAGCUUAUCUGUGGAAGAGAAGCUGGAGAUUCUGGAGGAUGCGCAACAUGCAGCCCGCCAGCAAGGUGACCCUGACGGAGUGGGUGUGUAG